GAAAAAGCACUUCGGUCCCUCAUCACCCACCGCGUUUUGCAGAUGUAACAGCUUUUGCGAGCCCGUCCCUUCCCCCUUCCCCCUUCCCAACCGUUUCUGCGAAAAAGCACUGUAAAUUCGUCAAAAAAAUCCGAAACAAAUAGUCACGUUUCGAGGAGGACAAGGUGAAAAAAAAAAGCAAGGCGAUUGAUGUGUAUGACGAGCGCUUCGGAGCUUUUCUACAACCGGAGGUCUCGCUACAACAGCCGAACCGCCACCGAUCUAGGGUUCGACUCCCUCCCUCCUCCUCCGACCGUUGACCGAAGUCACAACCACAAUCACGGUCGCCGCCCCCACAAUUCCGACGGCUGCGAUCCCCUCCUCCGCCGAACCCCGCGCCAUUUCCACCACCGCGCCUCCCUCCCGGAUCGGGCGGCGGUUGGGCUCGAGCAGGGUGGGACCCACCAGGGUUCUGGAAAUGGGGUCGCCGGAAGCAGUGCUGGUUUGAGCGGGAACGAGAGGCUUCCCGGGUCUGUUUUGCUCGCCAGGGAAAGGCUGCUGGAGAGGCUGAGAGGGAUGCCUCCUUCAGAAACCAGGCGGCGUAGAGCAUUGCAUCUUUACGGAGGUGGGCUACUGCAUGUUGAUGACUUGAGUCCCCUUGUAAGGGAUUGGGACGCUGAAAUCUUGACAAGUCAGCCAGCCAGUGCCUACUCUUCAACUAACUUGGGCUCCCAAAUUGAAAGGCUACAUCUCUUGCAAGAAGUGAACAAGAAGCCUCCAGGUCUCAGUCAAGAGGUUCUUGAUUGUUUGAGCCCUGAGAUUUUCAGCAGCGCAGAAGUGGGUGUCGACGGCUUGGUGUUAAGGGCUUCCGGAGAUUGUAGUAUUUGCCUGGAGAGUUUUACCGAUGGAGAUAAGCUUAUUUGCUUGCCUUGUGAGCAUAGAUUCCAUGCUGCCUGCUUGAGUCCCUGGGCUCGUAUUCGAGGGGACUGCCCAUACUGCCGGAGAGUUAUAGUUGUAGAUAGUCAAAAUGCUAAAGGGACUACAUAGUUUCCAUUGAGAUGUCUUUGCGCUCGUGUUAUAGGAAAAGUUUUGAAACUCGACUGCCAAAUUAUGGCGAUGCUUUCAAAUUGGGUGCGAUGCAUCAUCGUUUUGUUUGGCUUGUAUACUGGUGGAUGCUUAUAAUCUGUGUUAUGUAACUCUACAGCAGUUGUAAAGCAUGUGAAAUGGUCAGCUGGAUGUCUUCCUUACUUGAAAACUGCUAAAGCCUUCAUAACAUAUGUUUGCGGUAUGUAAAUUGUUCAAUAUAAAUAUUUCGUUUGCGUCGUA